AUGAAUACCGCUGCGACAGGGUACCAUGGCAGCAAAGGUGACGGCGUCAUCCAUCUGGCCGCUUCUCGCUCCGGCUCUGGCCACGAGGAAGCCCAAGACGACGCCGUCGACUCUGUCUACGGCAGCACGGCAGCUGAUCGGCGCAAUAUGCAGCGUAUGGGCCACAAGCAGCAGCUUGUUCGCCAGUACCGUCUGUUUUCCAUGAUUUCCUUUGUCGCCACGGCCACGUCGGCCUGGUGCCUCAACGCGUUCGAAGUCACUCCCGCCUUGGUCGACGGCGGCAUACCCAGCAUGAUUUGGUCCAACGUCUGGUGCUUUUUUGGCUACGCUCCCAUUAUUCUCAGCAUGGCCGAGAUGUCGAGCAUGGCUCCCAUUGCCGGGGCUCAGUAUCACUGGGUCUCGGAGUUUGCGCCGGAGAGCUGCCAGCAGAUUCUUAGCUACCUCACUGGGUGGACUUCUACUAUAGCCUGGCAGGCUGGCAACGCGCUGGGUCUGUUUGUGGUCGGGACUCUCAUUCAGGGCAUCAUUACUCUGAACAAGCCCGACUACGUGGGCGAGUAUUGGCACGGCACUCUCCUAGUCAUUGCUAUUGCCUGCACGACCGUGUCUGCAAACAUUUUUGGCUCGAGCAUCAUACCGCAUACCCAAAAUGCCAUCUUUGCCAUUUCACUUCUUGCGUUUGUCGCUUUCCUUGUGCCCAUCUGGGUCAACGCACCAAUGGCCGAGUCGAAAGACGUCUGGGGCCACUGGGAAGAUAAAGGCGGCUGGGGAAAGCUUGGCCUUUCGGUCAUGAUUGGACAGCUCCCUGCCAUUGCGGCGUUUCAGAGUAUCGACACUGCUACGCACAUGUCCGAGGAAGUCCGCGAAGCAUCCGACGCCGUUCCCAAGAUUAUGCUCUCUGUUCUAGUCUACAACUUUUCCGCAACUCUGCUCGUCACCGUCACUCUUGGCUACCACAUGCCCAAUGUCAGGGAGGCUCUCGACGACCCGUCGACAUACCCCGUGGUCCACGUCCUCUUGAAAUCCAUGUCGCGGCCCUGGGCUACUGCCUUGCUGGCCGUCAUCAGUCUCCUCCUGACACUCGGCAAUGUCUCGUACCUCGCCGCUGUCAGCCGUGACUUGUUUGCUUUUGCGCGCGACAAUGGCAUGCCAUUUUCAAACUGGCUGUCCAAGGUCGACAAGAAGCGCAGGAUUCCCACAAACGCCUACAUUUUCUGCGGCAUCUUUAGCUCGGCCCUGUCUCUCAUUUACAUUGGUAGCCCCCUGGCUUUUUACGCCAUCACCUCGCUUGGCGCUGUAGCGAUGCUGCAGUGCUACUUUACAAGCAUCGGAUGCCUUUUAUGGAGGCGCAUCUUUCGGCCAGACACCAUUCCCGCUGCUAGUUUCUCGCUUGGCCGAUGGGGUGUCCCUGUAAACUGCGCCGCCGUCCUCUUUAGCCUAUGGAGCUUCUUUUGGUCCUUUUGGCCCCAGACCAACCACCCGAAUGCUUCGGACUUUAACUGGGCGUCUCCCAUCUUCUCACUCAUCAUUAUUGGCGCUCUGAUUUAUUACUUUAUCAUUGGUCGCAAGAGAUAUUUGGGUCCGGUUGCCCUUGUGGAGGGCCGUAAAGAGCAUUUCUCUUGA